CAUACGUUUUUGUUUUGUUGGCCGCUGGCGUGAGGGCGCAUCGCAUCGCACCGACCCGACCAGCCGACCAGCCGACCGCUCCACCGAGACCGAGACCGAGACCAAGACGCACCUCGGCCGGCUUUGCGUGCUCUUUUGUCACGCCGGGACGCAGCCACAGAUACACAAAGAAUUUUUUUUUUCCAUUAAAAAAAAAAAAAAAAAAUACUUGCAAUGAAUCAUUCAGCACGUUUGCUGUGGACUCUGUUGCUGUACGCUGUUGCAUUUACGUACGGACAAAACGGUGAAGAUGAUUUUGAGACCGAGGGCGUCCCCUUGGAUGUCACCGUCAAGUACAACAUGAGGAAGAGUUUGGAUCUGGACCAGGAAGGCUGCUACCUGCAGAUCGGAAACAAGGGGUGUCUAGAGCAGUGCAACUUCAACGCCACAGCCAAGACCAUCUUUAUCAUUCACGGCUGGACGAUUAGUGGUAUGUUUCAGAACUGGAUGCAGAAGCUAGUGGCUGCCGUCAUGCGGCGCGAGAGUGAGGCCAACGUGGUCGUGGUUGACUGGAUGUCCAUGGCCCAACGGGUGUACCCGGACGCCGUCAACUACACGCACACCGUUGGCCGGGACAUCGCCACUUUGCUUGACUGGCUGCAGGAUGAGCUGCAUUUGCCUCUGGAGAAGGUGCAUCUGAUUGGCUACAGCUUAGGCGCUCACGUAGCGGGCUACGCGGGAACACAUGUGCGAGGAUCCCUCGGGAGAAUCACUGGUCUGGACCCAGCAGGGCCGAUGUUUGAGGGUGUGGAGAAGGAGAAGCGCCUCUCUCCAGACGAUGCCGACUUUGUGGACGUCCUCCACACGUACACUCGGGAAGCCCUGGGGGUGAGCAUUGGAAUCCAACAGCCGAUCGGGGACGUGGACAUCUAUCCCAACGGAGGCGACGUCCAACCCGGUUGCUCGCUGGGUGACGUGCUGUCCGUAGCUAAAAACUUCAUCGAAGUGGUGGAAUGUGAGCACGAGCGAGCAGUGCACCUUUUUGUUGACUCGCUGAUGAACCGAGACCACGUGAGCUUCGCGUACCAGUGCACCGACUCUCUCCGUUUCAAGAAGGGGAUCUGCCUGAGCUGCCGCAAGAACCGCUGCAACAACAUCGGCUACGAGGCUCGCAAGAUGCGCAAGAGACGCAACAGCAAAAUGUACCUGAAGACUCGUGCGGACACGCCCUUUGGAGGUUACCACUACCAGAUGAAGAUGCACGUGUUCAACAGGAAGCAGGCGGACAACGCGGACCCGACAUUCUACGUCAAGUUGAUUGGCGCGCAUAACGAUACGGAGGACAUUUUUGUUGAUGUUCAGGAGGACUCAGUCGGGCUGAACCUGACCAACACCUUCUUGGUGUUCACCGAGCAGGACCUGGGCGACCUGCUGAAGAUAAACCUGAGUUGGGAAGGUGAGGCGGAAUCUUUCCACUCCCUGUGGAAGAACAUCAGAAAGACCUUGUGGGCCUGGAACAGCAAGCCACCCAAACCCGUGCUGGAGGUCCGACGGAUUCGCGUGAAAGCUGGCGAAACGCAGAAGAAGUUUACCUUCUGUGCCCAAGACCCGUCCAAAACGGAAAUUUCUCCCGGUGAAUCGAUAACGUUUGUCAAGUGUCGUGAUGGCUGGGAAGUGAAACCAAGAAAACGGCUAAGCAUGUAAAGCCUUCCCACUUGUGACAACUUGAUGCACCAUGACCACGGGGACCCAACAUGGCUAAAGCGAGAAGCACCUUCUUUGCUUUAUCAGCACUUUUUCAGAGGAGGAGGAUGGACCAGCGCGGACGGGGAGGAGUGGGGGUUUUGAGGUGUCGGACAUUUUAAAGUGCACCUGAACGGUUGGUUCCUGCGAAUUUGGGGAGAGGGCUAGCGCCAACCUUGAGAGAGGCCAAGGCGUUGGGACUGAGGUCAAAGCGGUCUUUAAAAGAUCACAUGAGUUACGGAAUGUUCCUUUUGAAUAAGAAUAUCUGUCAGCAAACGUAUGCCAGCUGUUGUAGUUGCUGUACUGUACAUUUUUUAAAUGUCUUUUUUUUUUUUUUAAUUUAUGGAAAACAAAACUGAAGCACUGCGAGACCAAUGUUAUUUAUCACAGCACAUCCCAUGCUAGUAUUGAAUGGCUCCCUCGAUGCAGUAAUUUUGUGUGUGAGUUGAUUGUGACCGAUAAGUGUGCCUUUCUGCUGCUGAGUGAGAUUACUGAUACACUGUAUAUUUGGAAGAGAUCCCCAAUCUCAUUGCACACAGCGGUUUUGUGCAGUGUUACUGUAUGUUCUUUGGGUUGUGUUAAUGUACAUAAUGUAAAUAACCUUUUUUUGGGAAUAAAAUGAAUUCAGAACUUC